CCGGGGCCCUUCUCCUGAACCCAGUGCCGGGCAAGUGGCCCUCCGUCUCGGCCCUGGACAUGUCUCCCCCAUCCUCCCCCGGGGAUGGCCUGGCCCCUCUUCCCGCCACGGGGUGCGGCUUCAUCAAGGGCCACCGGCGUUCGGCCUCCUGCGGCUCCGUCUACCCCCAGGCCCCCAACAAGGGGGGCGCCUCCCCCUCGGACUGCUGCAUCAUCCGGGUCAGCAUGGCGCUGCAGAACGGCACCCUCUACAAGAGUAUCCUGGUGAGCGGGGCGGGGGAGGAGUAGGGCUUGGGGGUUUUCACACUUAACGACGGUAAUUACAGCCUCCCCGUGGUCACCUGGUCAAAGUUCAGAUAUUUGGCAAGUGACUCAUCGU